AAACCUAUUCCAUCGGGAAUAGAGUGCACCUUACCUUGUUAAUCUCUUCUCAAUUUCAAUACACGCUAAGAGAGAACAACGGCAUCAAAGUGAAACACAGAGAAAGCCCUAAUCGCAUUUCAGAGAGAGAAAAGCUCAUCGGCCAUGGCACUCGCUUCUCGCAUCGCAUCCAAAUCCAGAUUGCUGUAUGGUAGUCAAAUUCUUCUGCAAAGGGAGUUUGCUGUUCCGGUUCGUCACUAUGCUAAAGGCUCUGAACUUCCUGCUCUUAAGGGAGAUGAGAUGCUGAAGAAUAUUUUUCUGGAGGUGAAGAACAAAUUUGAGACAGCCAUCGGAAUAUUAAAAAAGGAGAAGAUCACUCUAGCUCCAGAGGAUCCAGCUGCUGUUUCUCAUUAUGCCAAGGUCAUGAAAACGAUCAGAGAGAAGGCAAACCUCUUGACAGAAUCCCAAGACAUCUUAGAAACCAUUGAUCUAGCGACACACGAUAUUCCUGAUGCUCGAACUUAUCUUUUGACCUUGAAGGAAAUAAGAACCAAGAGAGGUCUUAUAGAUAAUCUUGGAGCUGAGGGUUUGAUGAUUGAUGCAUUGGACAAAAUCGAAAAGGAUUUAAAGAAACCCCUCUUGAGAAAUGAUAAGAAAGGAAUGGACCUUCUUUUGGCAGAGUUUGAUAAGAUUAAUAAGAAACUUGGAAUUCAAAAGCAAGAAUUGCCAAAGUUAGAAGAGGAGCUGGAGCUUAAAAUAGCCAAAGCACAGCUGGAGGAGUUGAAAAAGGAUGUUGUUGAGGCAAUAGAAACUCAACAGAAAAAGGAGGAAUUCAAGGAUGAGGCUGGGGCAGUUGAUGUCAAAUCUUUGGACAUCCGGAAUUUCCUUUAAAAUGUCUUCAACAUAUUUUUAUACAUUAUAAAAUAUUGUACUUGGAUAAUGGUGAGGCCAUGUUUCUUCAAUAAGUAAGACACCAAUGAUUUUGAGAUGCAACAUUGAAGUCAGUUCGAAGAUUCUUGAGUUUUCAAGGUCGUUUUUAUUCAAAUUCCAAGUUAAAUCUGGAAAUUGAAGUAAUCAAAUGUUUAAUUUUUUUUGUGAA